AUUACUACAGUUACUGCCGAGAUAUAAUCCAGACUGUUUACGACAUUGAAAGGUUGCGUGCGACAUUAUUAAAAUAUUAAAAUAUUAAAAUAUUAUUAAUAUUCUAUUAUAUAAUGACGAGCAUUAAUAAUACAUUAAAAAACUUGACUCUCAAUUCUGAGAAUAAAACAACAAUAGUUGAAGCAAACAGAAAAGAAAAUCCGGAUAAAUAUAAAUUAGUACUAUUGUUAAAAAGUACGUACGAUAAAAAUUUGUUUCAUAAUGAUUUCGAUACAUGGACUAUAGAGGAGCAACAUCACUGGAUAAACAAGAAUCUCUCAAAAUUCUACCCAAAUGUGCCGGAGACUUUGCUGGAAUAUAUACCGGCUUCUUUUCAUCAACUUGAUUUUGAUCGGUCAUCGGUGAACGUGCCUGAAUGGUUGGACAUGGAUAAGUAUCGUAGAGGGCAAAAAUUUGUACGCGAGAAUUAUGCCUCAAUUAUGUUUUCUAAAUUACUGGGCAUUAUUCACGUUUAUUCAUUCAACGAUGACUUAAAACCAAUUAUUAUAGGAGGACAUGGUCACACGCCAUUUUUAGGAUUUCAAAGAUAUCUAUCGACUAUAAAGCGGAUAAGCAGCUGGUAUAGCGGAGAGCCGUGGAUUAAAGGAACGCAAGCCUAUAAAGACUUGCAGGUUGCGAAUAAGUUGCAUUUAAUGAUGAGAAGAAAAUUGUGUCAAAUGGAUAAUGAGCAAAUCGACGCUAUAUCAAAAAUUACGGAGCCAUGGUGCCCAGAUCAUGAAAUACUUCUCCAGGAUUUUGCUAUGGCUUGUCCAUUUGAAAAAUUCGGCCAGCAGCCUCAUAUUAUGAUAAGCGAAUCACCAUAUAGACCAAAAGGAAUAAAUAAUACGGACUUGGUAGCUAUACAAACGGCUUUCGUAGGUAUGGUUUUGCUACGACCACAAGAUAUUGGAAUACACAACGCGACCGACAAAGAUAUAGAUGCCUUUUGUCACAUGUGGAGAUGCUAUGGAUAUUUUCUCGGAUUGGAAGACAAGUACAACUUCUUCCGUGGUAGUUUUGAAGAAAUAAAACAACGCUCACGAGAUUUUUAUCAAUAUUGGAUAACAUCUAAUUUCAAGAAUAUUACACCCGAAUGGGAACAUAUGACAAGAUGUGUCAUCGAACCAAUGAAUUUUUAUCCUUUUGUAUAUUUACCUUAUAAAAUGAUGAUAUUAAUUGCUUCAGACUUAUUAGAUUUAAACAUGCCGCGUUUAUAUGCAUCGCUCAGUUAUUCAGAAUGGAUCGCUUAUAAAGUUUACAAAUUUAUAUUUCAACAUGCUUUGAAAUUAUCCUUCAUAAGAGAAUUUUUUAACAAAUUAUUAAUCCAUGCAUUAAAUAAAGCGUCAAAUUACAACUCAGAAAAAAAAGUAGAACUUCAAGAACGAUCAAAGAAACUGUUAUCGAGUUUAAACGGAUCUACCAGAGUACUUUAAUAAUUAAUAUCUUGUAUAUGUGUGUAAAUAAUAAAACAAAAAGUGUAUCUUU